AUGCCUCGUGAAAAGGAAAAGAGAGGCCGUCGAGCCGAGAAAAAGACUAAAAAAGAGGAGGACUCAAAGCGAAAAUUUGACGAUGCCCCUGAAGAGCCUGUCGCAAAGCGCAUGAGGCCCUCCGACCCCGAAGCCGAUGCCGACGCCGAGAUCACCCACGAUACAGCUACACCCUUCGAUCCUACAGCAGACCGUAUCUCUGUUGGAGAAGGCGAAGGCGAGGAGAAUAGGCAGCAAGAGGGAGGCGAUGUCGAUGAGAAUGGAAAUGUUUUCUUCGGUUUGCUCGAUGAGGACGAAGCUGAAUACUUUUCGCGCGCCAAUGAGAUGCUUGAAUCCAACCAAUUCGGCGAUGCUGAAGAGAAGCACCUAUUCAUUGAGAGCGUAUGGCGUGAGGCCAAUGGAAAGGAAUUGAAGGUCGCCUGUAGUCAGGGUUGUUCGAGACUGAUGGAGAAGCUGAUCUCCAUGUCAGAUGCCCGCCAGAUUCGACGACUCUUCAGCAAGUUUCUGGGCCACUUCCUUCACCUUGUCCAACAUCGAUUCGCCAGUCAUUGCUGUGAGACUUUGUUCAUCAAUGCAGCUCCGGCGUUUAUGCAGAAGCCUUCAAAGGCAGAGAGAAAGGAGCAGGAAGAGCAGGACGGAGACGAAGAACCAGAGCUAUCAUUGGCGGAAAUGUUCGUGGCUAUGAUUGAUGAGCUGAAACCAUACUGGGAAUUUCUGUUGACCGAAAGAUUUGCGUCGCAUACUAUCCGAGUGUUAUUGUUGGUUCUAGCUGGAGAGCCAGUGGAUGUUUCAUCCACAGACUCACCAGUUGCGAGCCGUAAGAAAGAAAGACUGGGCCUCGCGACCUCCAAGCCGGAGGAUGAGGAGGAGGAGAAGAAGAAGGCUGCUCCUCAGAAGCGAAGCGUCCCAGAAUCCUUCCAGACUGCACUGAAAAAGAUCAUGAGUGAUAUGGGCUCUAGUCUUACCGAUGUGUACCUCCGCUCCCUGGCUACCCACGAACUUGGGAACCCUGUUCUCCAAGUCAUGCUAUUCCUGGAGCUCUCUCACUUUGGCAAGUCAAGCGCUCAGGAUCCCAAGUCGAUCCUCCGACGACUCCUUCCUGACGAGUCUUUCGAGGAGGGUACCGAGACCGCCACAUUUAUUCGUGGUCUGCUCUAUGACCCUGUUGGCUCUCACCUUGUUGAGACCAUGGUGCGCCACAUGCCCGGAAAGGUCUUCAAAAAUCUCUACAAGAACAACCUGCGCGAGCGCAUUGGAUCGCUAUCCCGCAACCAAACCGCAGGAUAUGUGGUUUUACGAAUCCUAGAGCGUCUUGGAAAGGACGACUUGAAAGAUGCAAUGGACCUCAUCAUCCCCGAAGUUCCCGGAUUGAUCGAGAGAUUUAGACUUAUCGUACCUCGUGUGCUGAUUGAACGAUGUGUUAUUCGCAAUGUCGACACCAAGCCUUUUGCUCAAGCACUAAAGAAUGCCUUUGACAGCGACCCCACAGCCCGCCUUGAACAAAUGCUCCGACUCAAUGUCAAUGGCGAGGAGGCUCCACAAGAGGAGGAGGACCAAGAAAUGGAAGAGGCAGAUGAGGAGGGACAAAGAGAGCGAAGGGAACGAAAGAAGAAGACUUUGUCCACCCCGGCUGCAGAGAAGCUUCACGGCUCCCUAUUUGCACAAUCUAUGCUGUCUGUUCCAGGCCCAAUGAGUGAGCUUAUUUACACCAGUCUCCUGGCCCAAUCACCCGAAACGAUCAUAAAGCUUGCCAAGGAAGCAACCUCAUCUCGUGUCUUGCAACAAGCCUUGACAUCGAAAACCUCAAAACCCCAAUUCCGUCGACAGUUCACAACUCGAUUCCAGGGUCAUAUGGUCGAACUUGCUCAAGAUAACAGUGGAUCCCACGUGGUGGAUUGUCUUUGGGAGGCAACAAAGGACAUCUUCUUUGUUAAGGAGCGAAUGGCCCAGGAGCUUGCCGCUGAGGAAAUGCUUCUCCGUGACUCAUUCAUUGGCCGAGCAGUGUGGCGAAACUGGUCAAUGGACCUCUACAAGCGCCGUCGGGGUGAAUGGACUGGUCGGGCAAAGGGCAUUGAGCGACAGCUUGCAGGUAUGGAGAUUAGUACUGGUGAACGACCCAAGUCCAAGAUUGAGAUGGCAAGAGAGCGAUAUGCCGCGAAACGCAAUGAGGAGGAGGCUCAACAGGCCGCUGCGGCUUCCUGA